AUGGAUGCAUCGCAAGGAUAUCACCAAGUCAGACUAGACACCAUAGACCAACCUAAGGUUAGUUUUAUCACAUCAGGAGGCACAUUCUGUUAUCAAGUUAUGCCGUUUGGUUUAAAAAAUGCGGGUGCGACAUACCAAAGGCUAGUAGACAAGGUGUUUGCUAAGCAAUUAGGGCGAAAUCUAGAGGUGUAUGUAGAUGACAUGCUAGUAAAAAGUCGCAAGGCCACAUCACACAUAGAUGACCUCGCGGAAACCUUCUUAACGCUGCGGAGAUAUGGCAUGAAGCUGAACCCUGCUAAAUGCUCUUUCGGAGUCUGCACCGGAAAAUUCCUGGGAUAUAUGGUCACUAAACAGGGCAUAGAAGUUAACCCGGAAAAAGUGAAGGCGAUCACAGCAAUGACUGCCCCAAGGACAAUCAAAGAAGUACAAACGCUGGCGGGAAAAGUCGUAGCACUCAGUCGGUUCGUAUCACGACUCGCCGAACAUAGUUUUCCUAUUUUUCGAGCGUUACGAAAGCGAAAAGAGUUCGCCUGGACGAAGGAAUGCCAAACCUCCUUCGAAAAUCUGAAACAGGUCCUUUCGAAACUCCCUUCGCUAUCUCCCUCAGAAGAAGGAGAAACUCUCUGCAUGUACCUAGCUGCAGGGAGUGAAUCCAUCAGCUCAGUAUUGUUCAGAGAGAAAGAUAAAAGACAGUUGCCCGUGUAUUAUACGUUGGGGAACGCCGAAGCAUCUGGGCGCAUGGUCAAAUGGGCCGUGGAAUUAGGCCAGUACAAUGUCGAAUACGAGCCCCGGACCGCAAUAAAAGGGCAGGCGCUGGUGGAUUUUCUACAGGAAACUACGCGCAUUGAGAACUCACAGCCAUGGGAAGUAUAUGUGGAUGGAUCUUCAACAAAUCAAGGUGCAGGAGCAGGUGUGUUGCUUAUAAAACCCAACAAAGAAGAGUUCCACUUCGCUAUAAAGUUCAAUGUUAGAGCAUCGAAUAACGAAGCCGAAUACGAGGCCUUGGCGCAAGGACUAGAGAUAGCACAAAAAAUGGGAAUAAAAAAAGCCAAAGUUCACUCCGACUCUCAAUUAGUCGUGCAACAACUAGCGGGGGAAUACGAGAUCAAAGAAGUACGAAUGGAAGCAUAUGUGAAAGUUAUCAAAACAUUGGUCGAAGGCUUUGAAGAGUGCGAAAUCAUCCAGAUCCCGCGAGAAUCAAACACACAAGCUGAUUUCUUGUCCAAAAUUGGCAGUUCAUCCGUGGACUGCAGCGAGCGGAAUAUAACCAUAUUAUCAACCAGUGGACGUUUCUUAGGAAGUAAUGGUGAAAAACUUGUUGCAAGUAUAGAAGAUCAGGAAGAUUGGCGAACACCAAUCAUUGCUCAUCUCAAAGGCAAUACAAUCUCAGAUCGCCGCACGCGAGAGCGAAUGGAAUACAAGGCCCGGCACUUCUACUUAAUAGGCGAAACCUUGUUUAAGAGAUUGUACUCGCAUGUAGAUGCCAGAUGUCUAGGAAGCAGCGAAGCUGAAUAUGUGCUGAAAGAGGUACAUGAAGGAUGGUGUAGCAACCAUGAAGGGGCGAGAACAAUAGGGGGGAGUAGAUGA